AAUCCAAUCAUAAAAAUAUAAUUCCACAAAACCAUUCUUAUAAUUCCAUCACUUGAAACAACAUGGCGCAGGCAAUGGCAUCAAUGGCUGGUCUACGUGGCAAUUCUCAGGCAGUUCUUGAAGGCAGCCUCCAUGUCAGCGGCUCAACUCGGUUGAACUCGGCCACCACCACACGAGUUGCUAUGGGUAAGGGUAGUUUCAGUGUUAGAGCCCAGCAAAAACAAGUGUCUGGUGAUGCUGAAACUAGCCGCCGGGCAGUUCUUGGUCUUGUUGCCGGCGGUUUGGCUUCGGGCUCGUUCGUUCAGGCUGUUCUUGCUGAAGCUAGCUCUAUCAAAGUCGGACCGCCUCCCCCUCCGUCUGGUGGAUUGACCGGGACUAAGAAUUCUGAUGAGGCAAGAGACUUGGAUAUUCCAUUGAAGGAAAGGUUUUACCUGCAACCACAAGACCCAGUUUCAGCAGUGGCAAGAGCCAAGGAAUCAGCAAAGGAAAUUCUUGGUGUUAAGCAGUACAUCGACAAGAAAGCUUGGCCAUAUGUCAUUAAUGAUCUUCGCACCAAAUCUAAUUAUCUUCGCUACGAUCUCAAAACCAUUAUUUCCGCUAAACCCAAAGAUCAGAAGCAAUCUCUCAAACAACUUACGGACAAGCUCUUCACCACCAUUAGCGAGCUUGAUCAUGCAGCCAAAGUGAAGAGCCCGACGGAGGCAGAGAAAUAUUAUGCUGAAACUGUAACAGCUCUGAAUGAAGUUCUUGCUAAAAUUGGUUAAGAAUCUGAUUUGAUUUGCUUGUAAUUUGAUGUAAGAUUUGAUGUCAAUUAAAGCACUUGUAGUUAAGGGAGAAAAAUAAUUGCCUUCUUA